GUCACUGAGCACUCAGCAGGAUGAGCAGCAUGACCCCACCGAGACUCCUGCACUUGGCACAGAAGAGCCUGCUGGAUAAUGAGGCCUUGGCCAUCCUUAGUCUGGACCAGCUUCCCAGAGAGACGUUUCCUGCACUAUUCCUGGAGGCCUUCAACAGGAGGCUCCUGAGCAUCCUGAAGGCCAUGGUGAUGGUCUGGCCCUUUGAAGUCCUCCCGCUGGGCGCCCUCAUGAAGUGGCCACAAGUAGAUAUCCUGAAUGCUGUGUUGGAUGGACUCGAUAUGAAGUACACCCAGAAGUCUGACUGCAGGAGAGGGAAGCUGCACGUGCUGGAUUUACGGGAUGUUGGUCUGAAUUUCUGGAAUGUGUGGGGCGAGAGCCUGGAUGAUGCCUGCUCUUCAGAGCCUAAUAUGAGGAGACAGCCAGUGGAGCACAAGGGGCUCAAGUCAGCCUUGAAGGUCAUAGCCAACGUCACCCUCACCGAGGUCACAAAUGAUGAGUUCCUCCCCCACCUGCUUCAGUGGGUGAAGGAGAGAGCCAGCCUGGUGCACCUGUGCUGUUACAACCUGAUGAUCUCGCCAAGGCACAUCCACAGCUUCAGGAAAAUCCUUGACAUUCUGGAGCUAGGCUGCAUCCAGGAGGUGGAAGUGGACUCUGUCUGGGGACUCGCCACCCUGGCGAAGUUUGCUCCCUACAUGGGCCGGAUGAGCAGCCUUCACAAGUUGUCUGUCUUCCACCUCUCUUUCCCAACCCCCAUAACCCUAGAGAAAAAGGUGCAGUUCAACUCAAAUUUCAGCUCCAAUCUAGCCAAGAUGCCCCAUCUUCAUGGCCUUCAUAUGGACUCUGUCAACUUGCUGGAGGACAACCUGGACCAGGUGCUCAGGUACCUGAAGAGCCCCCUGGAGGACUUCUCUGUAACAGCCUGCCAGCUCUCCGAAGCUGAUGUCUGCUAUCUGUCCCAGUGUCCAAAACUCAGCGAACUCAAACACCUGCACCUGAGUGGUGUCAAACUGACGCACAUCAGCCUGGAGCCCCUCCGAGUUCUGCUGGAGAGAGUGGCAUCCACCCUCAUGACCCUGGAUUUGAUGCGCUGCGACAUCACUGACUCCCAGCUUAACACCAUCCUGCCUGCCCUGAGCCAGUGCUACCAGCUCACCACCUUAAGUCUUUUCAGGAACAGCAUUUCCAUGGCCAUGAUGGAAAAGCUUGUGGAGCACACAGGCAACCUCAGUGCUCUGAGAGUGGAGCAGUACCCAGCUCCCCUGGAUUGUUAUGACACUCAGGGUGUUGUCCAGCGGGAGAGGUUUUUCCAUCUGUGUAGAGAGCUGAUGGGUAUGCUGAAAAGAACAAGAGAGCCUAAGAAGGUUGUGUUUAGCACUAAGCCCUGUGAGAAUUCCGCAAAAUGGAUGGUGUUUUACCAAUACGAACCUAAAUUUUACAAGUACUACCUGCUGGACUAA